UGUCUUCGCCGGAGCCAAUCAGGGAGGAGGUUUCGGCGCAUGUGCCCUCCCGUCGCUCUGAGCGUGUCUUCCGCGGCGCCAAAUCUGUCAUCGAGACCGAGAAACCUUCCCCGGCCCCGCCAUGGACGAGAUGUACCUGGACAACAUCGACGAGCUGGUCACCGACCACAACAAGAUCGUGACCUAUAAGUGGCUGAGCCACACGUUGGGGGUCCAUGUCAAUCAAGCUAAACAGAUGCUGUAUGAUUAUGUCACCCGGAAGAGGAAGGAGAAUCAAAGCGCUCACGUACACGUCACGUACCUGGUGACGGGGAAAUGUGUGACGGAGGGAUUUCCGUACCACAAGGUGGCAGUAGUGAAGGAGGAAAGGCUUGAAGCAACCAAAUCUAAGCUGGCGGUGGUGGCGAACGUCCACGUGUACAGCGUGCAGAAAGCCACAUUAAAGGACAGCGCUCCGCUCUACAAUACAGACUAUGAUAUCGUGAAGAAUAAUCUCCAGAACUGUAACAAGUUCAGCGCUAUCCAGUGUCCGGCCGCCGUCCCGCGCUCUCUCGAGGUGAUGGCGGACCUUCGGAGCGAAAAUUACCACAUAACACAAGAAGAGCCCAGCAUUCCCAGGAUCAAUGGACACGCCUCACUCCCUGUCGCUAAAGUGGCCGCUCCGCAACCCAAGGGCAUCAUGGGAAUGUUUGCACGCUCUGCGGCCAAACCCCAGGAAUCUUCAAAAGAGACAAAGACCGAGCCCAAGGAAGCGGCGGCGGCGGCCCCAGAAACCAGCAGCAAAUCAUCCACCAAGUCCAGAGCUAUGGACAACUUCUUUGGCAAAGCAUCACUAAAUAAACCCAAAGCGAGCGCUCCAGCCAUCGAGCCGGUAAAAGAAGAGAAACCAGCGGCUCAGCCAAUUGAUUUGCCACCUCCGGAACCAAAAGAAGUUAAAGAGACAAAAGCGCCAGAAAAAGGAAAGAGGACAAUUGAUGUGCCACCUCCAGAACCAAAAGAAGUUAAAGGGACAAAAGCGCCAGAAAAACAGAAGAAGAGCAGGCUUAAGAGGGCAGAAAUGUCAGACAGCGACGAAGAAGGGGUGAAGCCGGUGAAAAGGAGGCGUAGGAUCAAACAGCCCAAACCCGACAGCAGUGACGAGGAGGACGAGGUUCCUGUGCCGGAUGUGAGGACCCCGUCCCCUCCUGUGCGGGAUGUUAGGACCCCGUCCCCUCCUCCGGAGCCUGCUGUGAAGAUGGAAACUGAACCUCAGCCACAGACACAACCUGGAGAGAAGAGAAGAAAGCGUAGGAGAGUCCUGAAAUCUAAGCAAUUCCUGGAUGAGGAUGGCUGCAUGGUGACAGAAAAAGUCUAUGAAAGCGAGUCUUAUACAGACAGUGGGGAGGAGUUCACCAAAUCCAAACCAGCCGCGUCCAAUCCAUUCACCUCCGCCGCUGCCGCCAAACCAAAAGCAGAGACUAAAACCUCCAAGAAAGCGCCCGCUCCCAGCAAAGGGACUAAGCAAGCGUCCAUCAUGGGAUUCUUCCAGAAGAAGUGAUGGGUCUCGUUAUCUCCUCUAUAGACUUGACGUCUCGGAGUUCUGGAGAAGAUGCUGGAAUAUCUCUUACCCGUCAUUGCCGGCCCAGGAUGAGAGACGGUGGUGUUGUGCCGGCCUUCUAUGUAGCUGUGCCUGGACUGAUCACCGUUAUGAGUGUUUUGACUAUUGCCGUUAAUUGUUGGGGGACGCACACAGCGCCUACAUCUUGUACCAGGCGCAAAAACUGUCACAAGGGUUCAAUAAUUCUAGAUGUAUUUUUAUAAACUUUAAUCUGCCUUGUAUUCUC